GAACGACAGCGGCGAGGAGAACGUCCCCCUCGAUCUCACCCGAGACCCCUCUGAUAACUUGAGAGAAAUUCUUCAAAAUGUGGCCAAAUUGCAAGGGGUUUCAAAUAUGAGAAAACUUGGCCAUUUGAAUAAUUUUACUAAGCUUCUUUGUAACGCUGGUCAUACUGAAGAAAAAUUAGGUUUUACUUAUGAAGAUAUCAUCAUAUGUUUGCGGUUAGCUUUACUAAAUGAAGCAAAAGAGGUGCGAGCAGCAGGACUCCGAGCUCUUCGAUACCUUAUCAGAGACUCCAGUAUUUUACAGAAGGUAUUAAAACUGAAAGUGGAUUACUUGAUAGCCAGAUGCAUAGAUAUUCAGCAGAGUAAUGAAGUAGAACGAACACAAGCACUUCGUUUAGUCAGAAAGAUGAUCACUGUGAAUGCUUCAUUAUUUCCCAGUUCAGUUACUAAUUCUUUGAUAGCUGUUGGAAAUGAUGGUCUUCAGGAGAGGGACAGGAUGGUUCGAGCAUGUAUUGCUAUUAUCUGUGAAUUAGCAAUUCAGAAUCCAGAAAUAGUUGCUUUCCGUGGUGGUCUAAGUACCAUUUUGAAAAAUGUAAUAGAUUGUCAAUUAAGCCGUAUAAAUGAAGCUCUCAUAACGACUGUCUUACAUCUUCUUAAUCAUCCAAAUACCCGACAGUAUGUGCGAGCUGAUGUAGAAUUAGAGCGGAUUUUAGCUCCAUACACAGACUUUCACUACAGACACAAUCCAGACACUGCAGAAGGACAGCUCAAAGAGGACAGAGAAGCACGGCUUUCCGCUAGUAAAAUGGGAAUUGUGGCGGCAUUUCGAUCUUGGGCAGGUAUAAUUAGUUUAUGUAAGCCUGGGAAUUCUGGGAUCCAAUCUCUUAUUGGGGUGUUAUGUAUACCUAACAUGGAAGUGCGGCGAGGCUUGCUUGAAGUUCUAUAUGAUAUAUUUCGCCUUCCUCUUCCUGUUGUGACAGAAGAAUUUAUAGAAGCACUUCUCAGUGUAGAUCCAAGCCAUUUUCAGGACAGCUGGAGACUUUCUGAUGGCUUUGUAGCUGCAGAAGCUAAAGUUAUAUUACCUCACCGAGCCAGAUCCAGGCCUGACCUCAUGGACAAUUAUUUGGCCCUGGUUCUUUCUGCUUUCAUUAGAAAUGGCCUCUUAGAAGGUCUAGUCGAAGUAAUUACAAGCAGUGAUGAUCAUGUAUCUGUCAGAGCAACCAUCUUACUAGGAGAACUUUUGCAUAUGGCAAACACCAUUCUUCCACAUUGUCACAGCCAUCAUUUACACUGCUUACCAACUUUAAUGAAUAUGGCAGCUUCUUUUGACAUUGUAAAGGAGAAGAGACUACGAGCCAGUGCUGCACUGAACUGCUUGAAACGCUUUCAUGAAAUGAAGAAAAGAGGACCUAAACCUUACAGUCUUCAUCUAGAUCACAUUGUUCAGAAAGCCAUGUCAACACAUCAGCGAAGAGAUCAGUAUCGGGUGCAGAAAGAUAUCUUUAUUCUAAAGGAUACAGAAGAAGCACUAUUAAUGAAUCUGAGAGACAGCCAAGUUCUUCAUCACAAAGAAAAUCUGGAAUGGAAUUGGAAUCUGAUAGGGACCAUACUUAAGUGGCCAAAUAUUAACUUAAAGGCUAACAAGGAUGAACAGUUGCACAGAUUUGUACGACGGCUGAUGUAUUUUUACAAGCCUAGCAGUAAAUUGUAUGCCAAUCUAGAUCUGGAUUAUGCAAAGUCAAAACAACUCACAGUUGUUGGUUGCCAAUUUACUGAAUUUCUCCUUGAAUCUGAAGAGGAAGGAAGACAGGAAGGAAAGAAGGAAGGAAGGCAGGUGCAACAAAAGCAGGAUGGGCAUGGCUACCUUGAAGAGUUAGUAAGAGAUAUUGUACACUGGCUUAACAUUUCAUCUGGAAUGAAACCAGAACGCAGUCUCCAGAACAAUGGGUUACUUAACACUCUUAGUCAGCACUACUUCUUAUUUUUUGGUACCCUCUCCUGUCAUCCCCAUGGAGUGAAAAUGCUUGAAAAGUGUAAUGUAUUUCAGUGUCUCCUUAAUCUGUGUUCCUUGAAGAAUCAAGAUCACUUACUCAAACUGACAGUUUCUAGUUUAGACUACAGCAGAGAUGGUUUAGCAAGAGUCAUCCUUUCUAAAAUCCUAACGGCAUCAACCGAUAACUGUAGGUUAUAUGCUACAAAACACCUCCGAGUACUGCUGAGAGCCAAUGUGGAGUUCUUCAGUAAUUGGGGAAUUGAGUUACUUGUCACACAGCUUCAUGACAAAAAUAAAGCCAUUUCUUCUGAAGCACUUGAUAUCCUUGAUGAGGCAUGUGAAGACAAAGCAAAUCUUCAUGCCCUCAUUCAGAUGAAACCAGCACUUUCUCAUCUAGGAGACAAGGGUUUGCUUCUGCUGCUAAGAUUUUUAUCAAUCCCAAAAGGGUUUUCCUAUCUAAAUGAGCGAGGCUAUGUAACAAAACAAAUGGAGAAAUGGCAGAAGGAGUACAAUUUAAAAUAUGUCGAGCUGAUAGAAGAGCAAUUAAAUGAAGCACUUACUACGUACCGCAAACCUGUUGAUGGUGAUAAUUAUGUUCGUCGGAGCAACCAAAGAUUGCAGCGGCCACAUGUCUACCUGCCAGUUCACCUCUAUGGCCAAUUGGUACACCACAAAACAGGCUGUCAUCUGUUGGAAGCUCAGAGUAUUGUUCCUGACCUGAGUUACACUGUCCGUUCCCCUAUGCUGGAAAAAUGGGAGGGGAUUAAGCAACUAAAAGCUGCUCUUUGGGCACUGGGAAAUAUUGGAUCUUCAAAUUGGGGGUUGAAUUUGCUUCAAGAGGAAAAUGUGAUACCUGAUAUAAUGGCACUUGCCCAACAUUGUGAAGUCCUGUCUAUUAGAGGGACUUGUGUCUAUGUGCUUGGCCUAAUAGCCAAAACAAAGCAAGGUUGUGAUAUUCUGAAGCAUCAUAAUUGGGAUGCAGUAAGACACAGUCGUAGGCAGCCUUGGCCGGUAGUCCCUGACGAUGUGGAGCAACUCUGCAAUGAACUCUCUUCUAUUCCCAGCACACUUAGCUUGAACUCUGAAUCUACCAGUUCAAGACACAACAGUGAAAGUGAAUCUGCACCAUCAAGCAUGUUCAUCUUGGAAGACGAUCGGAUUGGCAGCACUUCUACUAGUACCUUUUUCCUAAAUAUCUCAGAAGAUGCGGAACAGAAUCUCUAUGACCGUACUGGGCCCUUGAAGGAUAAAGAUCGCAAUCCCUUCCCCUUUUUCUCCUCCCGCAGACUGGUCAAGAAUCGCAUCUUGAAUUCUCUUACCCUACCCAAUAAAAAGCAGAGGAGCAGCAGUGAUCCUAAAGGAGGCAAGCUGUCUUCCUCAGAGAACAAGAUGGGCUUAAGGCGAAAUCGGACAGUAACAGAACCUUGCAGCAGCAUGGAUUUUACACGGGGGGAUGACUUCACCCCAGUGUUCAAGGUUCCUAAAAUUCACACUCUGAAACUAGAAACUUCAUUUGUUGGGAGCAAGCACAGUGAAGAUGCAGAUAGUACCCCAAGUAUUGGUGAGAAUGACCUUAAGCUUCCCAAAAGUCUUGGCCAUGAAAAUCAUAGGGAAAACACCAGCCGAGAGAGACUAAUAGAAGUUACAACACAGACUCAUUUCAAAAGUCGUAGUUUGAGUUUCAAUACAGAUACUACUACAAGUGGCAUAAGUUCAAUGAGCUCAAGCCCCUCCCGAGAGACUAUGGGAGUGGACUCUACCAAUAUAGACACUGACUGUGGGAGCUUAAGUACUGUGGUGAGUACCAAGACUAUUAAAACAAUUCAGUGUUCAACCCCACAAUCUAACCACCUCCCUCUGUCAAAAUCAAAUUCUGUCUCCCUGGUACCACCAGGGUCUUCGCACACGCUUCCCCGGAGAGCACAAUCACUAAAAGCUCCUUCCCUUGCUACUAUAAAAAGCCUAGCUGACUAUAAUUUUAGUUAUACCAGUUCUCGAGAUGCUUUUGGAUAUGCAACGCUGAAACGCUUACAACAGCAGAGGAUGCACCCUUCUCUGUCACAUUCUGAAGCCCUAGCUUCUCCAGCAAAGGAUGUGCUCUUCACAGACACAAUCACAAUGAAAUCUGGUAGUCUAGAGUCUCGACUAACACCCAACCGGUUCAUGAGAGCUUUAAGCUAUGCAUCAUCUCUAGAUAAAGAAGAUUUAUUAAGUCCUAUAAACCAAAAUACACUGCAGCGUUCUUCUUCUGUUCGUUCCAUGGUAUCUAAUGCUACCUAUGGUAGCUCAGAUGAUUACAUUGGACUUGCUCUCCCAGUUGAUAUCAAUGAAAUAUUUCAGGUAAAGGAAACCCCAUAUUUCCAGAAGAAAACUACACCUUCAUUUGAUGAUCGGGGCACUCGAGUCUUUGCCCAGGAUGCCACAGGUUUGCCAUGUGGGUCUGCUGAGCUUGUAAAGAGUCCCUUCCAGAUGCUUCGUCAGCAGAUAAGUCUUACGGAGAUCAUGAACACAAGUCGUUCAGAUGCCUCCCAGUUCCUAGAAAACAUGGAAGACACCGGACUCCAAGAACACACUGAAGAUAAUUGUCUCUAUUGUGUUUGUACACACAUCCUAGAUUAUCAGCAUAAUAACAAACUGAACUCUGCAUAUAGUCACACAGAAUUUUCAGACAUUCCUUAUUCAGACUGGUGUGGAAAGGCUAUGCAUAAUCAUUUGGAUGUGGUUUCACAUUCCUCGAAGUUUUCUGGAAUUUCAGGAUGUAGUGAUGCUGUAUCCCAUGGAUCAGCUAGUAGUACCAAGAGUACUGAUCUCAUCAUGGGCAUGAAAUCGAUCCCAGAUGAUACUCCAGUAUGCCGCAUACUACUGAGAAAGGAAGUCUUGCGAUUAGUAAUCAACUUGAGUAGCUCGGUAGGAACUAAAGGUCAUGAAACAGGUCUCUUGACAAUUAAAGAGAAGUUUCCCCAAGCAUUUGAUGAUAUAUGCCUUUACUCUGAAGUGUCCUACUUGCUAGCUCACUGCACUUUUCGAUUACCAUCUAGACGGUUCAUUCAAGAACUCUUUCAAGAUGUACAGUUUUUACAGAUGCAUGAAGAAGCAGAAGCUAUUUUAGCCUCACUGGCAAAUCAACAAACAGAUAACCCAUCAACUGAAUCCUGACCUCUUGUUUUCUAUGGUGUGGUAAAUGUGAAGUUACUAGUAGCAUUCAAUAACAUCUAACUGACUGGGCAACAGAGAAGUAUCAUCUUCUGAAUAGUUCCAGGAGUUCUGGUACAUGAAAUUGGAUGCUCAGUUGCAGAAUCUUUCUUCAAUGGAACUUGCUUCCAAAGCCAUCUGAGCCCUGAGGGGAAUUGUUAAAACAAUGAAAGUAACAAGAUAUGCAAGAAGAAUGAAGCACCAGACACUUAUGCAGGUUUUCAUUUCACUUAUUUUUAAAUGCAGUGUCACAAAAAUAGAGGACAAAGUACACAGGACCUGGUUUACAUGGUUGACUUUUGACUUCCGUUUUGGACAGAGUUGAUGCCUUGCUUGUUUACCCUGGAUUUUAGAGACAUGGUAUCUUAAGCUGUAUCCCAUUGUCAUCAAUGGAGCAUGCUGUAACCAUGACAGCAGGGGAUUAAUUAGGGGCUUUCCGUGAUAUAUUUCUUAAUUUUUCUGAACACUACUUGGACAAUUUCUGCUCUCAGAGAAUCUUCAGUAACUUUGGGGGUAACCUUAAAUUAUUUUAUUGUUAUAAUAUUAGCAGUCUGUCCAGUUUUGUUGCAGUUUCAUGUAAUUAUGUGUAAACUGAACCAAUUAAGGAAUUUCACUACAGUUUGAGUUAAAACACACACACACCAAUCCCCUGGAAUCAGAUUUCCCUCCAUGUAAUGCAUGCAUUUUAAUGGGGUGUUGUACAUUAAUGCUCACCCAGUAUGUUAAUUGAUUGUCUAAAUGUAAAUCUUAAAAACAAUUAUUUCUGUCAGAUAAAUCAAGUAAAAUUAAUACCUAUUGCUGCUUUUAAUCAAGAAAAAUGCAAAAUAAUAAUUUCACAUUCCAUGGCUUUAAAUUUACUCCUAAUCAUUUGCUUCAGUCAUACACAUAAAAGAUUAAUGGCAAGAUAAUACCAAUAAUUGUAGUGAAAAGCCUUAAACAUGCAGUGUUGAAGUGCUACGUUGCUAUAAUUCAGAGGUCUUUUGGAUAAAAUUUGCACAAAUUGCAUAAUGGUGACAAUAUGUAGGUCCAUUCUCCCCAGUCUCAAAUUUAUGCAAGGGUGGAGUUGAAACAAAUUGAAUUUAUUUCCAAGCUGAAAAGGCUCUUUUAGAAUCAAAUAACUGAUACCUGGAAACCUGUAUGUACAAAUGUAUAAUUGUUUUGUUUACAAAACCUAUAGUGCACUGGGUUACUUGGUCAUUUCUUGUGUAUGAAAAUAGUUCAGGUAGACUGUACUGGGAAUAUGUCCAUCAAAAUUUAUCUCCCCUUAAAAGUAUGCAAAGAUUUGCUCGUCAAGAUGAAAUUAGCUCAGUUUUACAUAUAUUUUUAACUGAGCAUAAUUAACAUGCUAAUAUAUAUAUAUAUGGGUAGGAAUUUGUUCGUAGAGGCAUAAAAUGUUAUGUACUGAACCUAGACAUUCUAGCUUACAUUUGUUAUGAAAGCUAGAAUGUCUAGGUUCAGUAUAUUGUCAUAUCAAAAUUUUGCUCCCCAUGGAAGAAAGUAAAUGCCACCAUUACAGUCAUAGCAUUGUCUAAGAAAGAUGAAGAAAGAGUUUAUCUGUGAAUUGAAUCUUCAGCACUACUAAUCAUAAGUAAAAUCUUACACAGUUGAAGAGACAAAGGAUUGAUAGCUCCUUAUGCAUAAAACUCAAAGCAAGUUUUUUCCCCAACACCCUGAAAUGACCAGGCAGGGCAUCUGGAGCUUACUGAAUUAGAUCAGAACUUUUUAAAAUUCUGCUCCUCACAAAAAUUAGGCCCUGCAUCCUUAGAAUAAAUCUGGAAUUCUCUUCCUGCCACUUUGGCUGGAACUGUAAUAACUCUACCGCUCUGUGAUCCACAGGUGUAAGUACUAAUGGGUGGGACACUUUCCAGAGUGGUAUUUUUCAUGCUAGACAAGCAGAAAGCAGAAUGAAGGAACUGGCCUCAACAAAAGAGAGUCAGCUCACCCUAAUUGGUCUAUAUCUGUAAUUCCCAAAAGAAAGUUAUCUCGAAGACACCUGAGUUAAUUUGUAUUCUAGCUUCUAACUUACUUCUCAAGAACAAGUCACUCAACAGAUAAGGACCCACAAACAAGGUACAGGCCACUCUACAUACAGAAUGUGGGACACAGUUAUUAUGGAUGAAGCAUUUUCUUCCUCUUUCUAAAAUCUUUUAAGGAAAUACAUGCCUUCUACCUCCAAGCAGAAGUUUACAUUACCUCUUUAUACUGCUUUGAACAUAUUCUAAGUGGGAGUACAUCAGAAUAAUGUUUGAGUCAGUCUAAUCCUCCUUAAAGUAUUGGGGUAUGUUACUAUGGUACAUAGACAAGGCAGUAUGGAUAACCUAGAAAAUUGCCAUAAGGAGUUUUAAAAUUCCAGCCCAGGGCUGAAGAAUCUUAAGGGGAGAUCAUAACGUUUUGCUGUUAUGUUUCUAGACGUGAAAUUUGAGUAUCCGUUGAGAAUGUGCUUACUUAUCUCUCUAGUUUAGUGAUCAUUUAGCAGCUAAACAACUGAGGAAAGGAGGAAUUGGAGAAAUUUCAAAUAUUUCAUUCUCAGGUAGGGCUAGCUCUUUAAAUACAGUAUUUAAGUUGGUGAGCCCCCCUCCCCCCAAUUUCUGUUCUUUCGGGUUUUCGAUUUAGGGACUACAGGAGGGAAUAAGGUGCUCUCUGCUUGUUUUUCUGAACCAUGGAACAAAGUUCUAUGUUGGGAAUAGCAGCAGAUAUAAUUCAGAAGUAUGUGCCAGUAAGAGUCUAGAUUUCAGUAUCUUCUCCUCCUAUGACACUGUUUGGCAAAAUCAUAUUACAAUAAUUUAUGGAACAUCUGGAGAGCCAUGAAGUUAAAGUAGUUCCCUGAUUUCUAUGAGAACCACCUGAGGAAAAAAUGGGAGAAGUGGGUCAGGAGAAAAUAAAAGAAGGGCUUCAGCUGCUUUAAUGCCUGCAUAUGGUCAUCAUACAGAGUUCAUUAAUAAUUAUCCAUCAAUAUUUAGAGAUGCUUUGAUCUUAGAUAAAACUCGUGUGCAGAACCAAAAUGCCAGCCACAGUAGACCAAAUGGUAGUGUAAAUUCCAAAGGAUUAAUACAAUACUUCCAGUAAAAAAAAGCAAAUAACUGAUUGUACAUAGUAGUUAUGAAUGCUACCUCAGUUACGAUAGAGUAAUAAGAUCUAUAGAUCGGUAACUCUAAGUGAAGUUAAUUCAUUUAUCCUGUGUUUUGCAUUUUUGCUUUCAAAACAAAAGUAGAUGAGAAAGUUUUGUUUAAAACAAAGAUGGUUGAGUUUUCAAGCUACAGCUGUUACUGAAGAAAUAUUAUAUUUACGGUGAAAAAUUAAAAAAUAAAUUCAGUUAAAUGUACGAAUAUACCCACUUAGAUAAUAAUGCAUAGGUGUAAUGUUUUGCCAUUAGGAAGGAAGGAAGGAAGGAAGGAAGGAAGGAAGGAAGGAAGGAAGGAAGGAAGGAAGGAAGGGAAUUUUGGCUUCCAUUCAGAAUAUUGCCCCAGAACAGCUGACCUUAACUGUAUGGGCGACAGCAUCACAAAAAAUGGCAAAGAAACAUUAAGUGAAUUUGGAUCUAUGUAUCAAAAUACAGAUCAACAGUGGCUGUAGUAUCUAAACUGAUGUUUCUUCUGUAUGAUGUUAUACUUAAUUUGUUAAUCAAUUUGUUUAACAGAACACACCUGGAAUCUGGGUAGAAAUUCAUGUAUUUUGAAUUUGUUUUACUUACCUGACCGAGUUUCACAAGGCCAGUGGCUAGCUUCUUACAUUGAUGCACCUCUUUGUACCUGUAAAGCCACAUACAGCUCAACAGCUCCUGCACUUGGCAAGCAGAACAAAAAGGCUUAUGGAGCCCCAUUUGAUUGCCGUUGGGUGAUGGGUUGCUUUCAGCUUAGGUACUUCUCUGAAGCAAUUUCUCCUUGAUCACUAAACCCAAAAUUUGGAUAAUGGUACCUGAGUAAAUACAGUAAAACAUGAAACAGGUCUACGCAUGCAGUACAAAUUAUAAGUAUGAUGGGAAUGGUAUCAGGGCUGCGCAUGCUGCUAAAAUGGUUUGGCAGAAGCAUUUCCAACCUCACACAAGCAUAGCAGCCAUGUCUUUUUUCAAGCUUGGGCUUUAAGAAUUAAAGACACAUUAAAGCAGCAGCAGCAGCAGCAACUUUUUUUUCAGGCUGUCACGGAAGUUUUAAUGAAGAAGAGAGAGGUGUUGUGCUUACACCUGCAUGGGGUCCACAGCACUUCUUUGGAAUCAUUUUCAAAUAACGCACAGCCCUGAUAUCAUUGUCAUUUUGGUAGGCUCAGAUGGCCUACCAGUCCAGAAAUGCUGCACAAAGAAAUUCCUACAUAAAUGCUCCCUCCCAUUAUUGAAAGGGUUAAAUAAUUUGCAGAGAUGUUUAAUGCUCGCAACUGCUUCAGAAUGGACCCUCAGAGCAUGUUGCUAUGUUUUGGGAAUAUAUUGGGAGAUAGGACAGCCUCCUUCCACGCACCUCCCCAGCCAUAAACACUGGCAAUUAUUUGAACAUGGGAUAUUUAAAGAGGCCUUCUUAGAGUAUUUAUGUGUGGUGGGAGAAGGAGAGUGGAAGAGAUAACAGGUUAUGAAUGACAAAACAUAACUCUCAUUUUCUAUCUUCCUUAUAUUCCUGGGGAAAAAAGAACAAAUAGUGUGAACAAACUAUCAGAGUGGUUCUUCACAUUCAGCAUCUCCAUCUCUAUUGAUACAGGCCCCAAAGUACCUUGAUUUUUACAUAAGUUUACAAAACAAAUAACUUUUCUUCAUAUUUCCCAAGGAGCAUAGAUUUGAAUAUUGUAUCCUCUCUGUUUAUGUCAAAGGACCUCAAUUUCUACCAACUCCCUUCUCCCAUUGCAACCUUUCACAUAGUUCACAAGAGUCCUUCAGACCACAGAUUUUGGGGGAAUCACAAAAGUUCCAUUUGUAUGUUCCAUUCACAGAAUGAUCCCAGGUCCUAUUUUAUAGCAACAGCAGAGAGUCAUGUGUCCUAUAAAAAUAGGCCAAGAACUUAAAGACCUUAGAUUAAUAAAAGAUAGAUUUAAGUAUUAAUCCUCCUUGCUCAUGAGGACAUAAAGUACAUAGGUUGGCCUCCAACAUUUGCCAAGUGAAAUAUACCUGCCAGCACACACAGGAUCAUUGGAUCUGUAUCCAUACAUUUUGGGUCCUUCUGCAUUUAAGUUAUUCCCUGAAUAGGACUAUUAGGAACUCAGUUUACAAAACAUGUUGUAAUAACUAAUCUGAACUAUUGUGAAUCAACAAUAAAAGCUCUUCAGAUAUGACAUAAUUGCAGUCAGCCACACAGUUCUGUAGCCUUCCUAAACUUGGUCAUCCCCAGUAAUGGUGGACAGUACCCUUCAUCCCCAAUCCUCACGUGCAAUAGUUAGAGGCAAUGAGUUGCAGUUUAUAUCAUGGAAAGAUUAUACGCAGUAUAAAGAAAGAAUACAGGAUAACAUUUUUGCAAAGUUAAUAUCCCAUUUGUAACAUGAACAUUAAUUUUGGACAGAGGGGGCAUAAUCCAACCAAGCAAAGCAAUUCUAAGGUUUAGGAGUGCUUACUUAAGUUGACUCUUGCCUUGAAUGUGUAAAUCCUUUCUGUAUAAUCAAGGGAAAUUAAACUCUCCCUUGAAUAUUGUCUCUUGCAAUAAUCCUAAUUAUCCUUUGUGUUUGUGUGUGUGCGUGUGUAUGUUUUGCCCUUUUGGGUGGGGUAACAUGACACUGUAAAUUGGCAAGGUCGCGCCCCCCCCCCUUAUUGUACCUUGGAAGCUACAGUGCUGGCUUGGAGGUAUACUCGUGAUAAUGGGAACAUAAUCAUAUGUUUCUAACACAUAUCCCUGUUAGAAAUUAUCUAGAAAUGGUAGCCUUAUCUUGAUUUUUUAGAAUUUUAGUUAGGAUUACUGUAUCUUCUUAAGAUCCAGAUUUGCUACAUGUUUUUGUUAACUUUUUACUUUCAGUAAAAAGUAAAGAAUGUGGUUUUCCUUAGGACUAUUUUUGUAAAAUAGCUGGAUAGCAAUGCUACAGCAUGCAGAAAUUGCACUUUUUUGCCUGACUUGCUUAUAAAAUAGACACUAUUUAAUUUGGGGGGAAAUGUAAUUUAUGCCAAAAAGAAAAAGGUAACUUGCUGCCAUUUUGCCACUGCAUAGGUUAGAGUAGCACAAAAUGCAAGAACUGGGGGGUGGGGACGAUUUGUAGAUAUAAUAAUUGUGGAGGAUGGGGAAAUAUGCUUUGGAUAGUAGAUGCCAAUAACCCAAAUGAUGCAUGGGUUGGAAAUUAUGUAAAUUAGUCAUUCAGAGUGGGUGGGGGGAGAGAUGAUGGAAAGACUCAUUUUCCCUAUCCCGUAUGGUCAAUUUUCCAUAUAUGUAUAUGUAUUAGUUGACAAGCUGCUACAUAUUUGGAGGUUCUAUUGUUUGUAGGUCACUGAAUGAACUUUGAAAUCUGAUUUAUAUUAUAUACCUGUAACAUAGAAAGAAAAAAGUAUUUAUAUAUUUUCUGUAUGACAAUUUCAUUGAGCUGUGUAUAAUUUUAAAGAGGCUUUGUCCCAAAAAGGUUCUGCUCACCUUGAUUCUUUUUUGUUGUUUUCAUUGGUUUGGAAUUUUGUUUUGUUUUGUAUAGUGUGUACAGUUCACGUCUAUGAAUAUUAAAGGCCUCCUAAAGCAUUAUCUUCCUAUCAAAAGGGAUGCAUUGUUAAUAAAAUGGACUUUAAACAUC